AUGAUGGCGUUUGGAGGCUUUUGUUGUAACCUCCUCAAUCUCAACUCCCCGUUUCGCCUUUCCCCUCCCCUCGUUCCACCUCCGCCUCUUCCUGCUAGAUCCUCUCCUUGCUGUUGCCUCUCCCUCCCAGCAAUAACUCGCCCUCUGUCGCUUGUUAGUGCUCCUUUUUGGCACCUCACUGAUCUCCUGUGCUCAAUCCGUG